AUGGCAAGGAAUCUUUUCUCUGUCCCGAUCUACUUCAUUGUCUUCCGUGAGACUGUCGAGGCAGCCAUCAUCAUCUCCGUCCUCCUUGGCCUCGUCGAACAGAUCGUCCACGGAGAGGAGACACAAGAGAAUAUAUCCGAAGCCACAGGUACCUCGGACUCGCUCAACGAAGAGCAGAAGGAGAAGUCUGCUGCCGAGCUCGGCCAGACCCCCGAGGUCGUCGAGCCCGUGACUGCAGAGAGCGACCAGGACAGCCAACUAAGCACCAAGCGUCUUAUCCGGAAGAUGCGCAUCCAGAUUUUCUUCGGCUCGUUCGUCGGAUUGUUCAUCGCUCUUGCCAUUGGCGCCGCCUUCAUUGCCGUCUGGUUCACGCAGGCGAGCAACCUCUGGGCAAAGUCUGAGAAUCUGUGGGAGGGUAUCUUCCAACUAAUUGCGUCCAUCCUCAUUUUCGUUAUGGGUAUCGCCAUUCUGAAGAUGGACCGUGCCAAGCUGAAAUGGCGCGUCAAGCUGCAGCGCGCGUUCUCCGGGAAGCACAUCGGCAGGGGGGAAAGGGCAGGAAAAUGGAUGCUCUUCUUCAUGCCCAUGAUCACUGUACUCCGAGAGGCCAUGGAAGCCGUUGUCUUCGUCGGCGGUGUUUCUCUUGGCCAGUCCGCCGUGUCAAUUCCCAUCGCUGUGGUUGUCGGACUGAUCAGCGGUUUGGGCGUCGGAUAUCUAGUGUACGCAUUUGCCAGCCGAACGACCCUGACGAUCUUCAUGGUGGUGAUGACGAACCUCGUCCUCCUCAUAGGUGCAGGCCUCUUCAGUCAGUCAGUCUUCCAACUUCAGGCCCACGCAUUCACCCUCCUCGUCGGUGCAGAGGUCGACGACACUGGAGGCGACGGCCCGGGCAGCUUCGAUGUGCGCGGGAGCGUGUGGCACCUCAACUGCUGCAACCCGGAGAACAACCUCAACGGCGGCGGCUGGAUGAUCUUCAACGCGAUCCUCGGCUGGACGAACAGCGCAUCCAUCGGCACCAUCCUUGCGUAUGUCUUCUAUUGGCUCGCCGUCAUCACCGCUCUGGUGCGCAUGAAGUACAAGGAGGGGCGCACAAAAAUAUUUGGCCGCGAAUCUGCUGCGGCGGUCCGGCGGAGGGAGCGAACGGAGCAGAGAGAGCAGGCGGAGCGCACGGCCCUCGCGCAGGCGGUGCAAUCGCAGGGGAUCUCGUAG